UGUUACAUACAUAUGUUUUAGUUUUUUGUAUAUACAUUGACAUUGUAGUUGUUGAUUUAUAAAUUGUUAAUUUCUUUUUUUGACAGAAACCGAAUGAUCUUCUAAUAACUUUGAACUUUUUUCCAAUGGAAGACAACAACAUUAGCGCGCCUCUGCCUCAGGCUGAGGCAGAGACUCAAUCUCCACCCGUUCCGGCGGAGACAACCGCCGUGAAGGUGGAGGUCACGGUCGCCGGCACCGUGGAAAACCUCCAUGCAAACGGCAGCAGGGAUGGAGGAGGUGAAGCGGCGGAGGAUGGAGGUGAUGGAGAAUCAGGAGGUGUGGUGGGGCCAGAAGUAACUAUUCGGAGAAAGAGGGGUAGACCCAGAAAGCAUCAUCAAUUGGGGUCGCCGGACUCUUCGGCUUCACCGGUGAGUCUUGGUCCUAAACGGGGAAGAGGCCGCCCCCCUGGCAGCGGCAAAUUGCAAAUGUUGGCUUCCUUGGGUGAGCUUGGUGACACAGCUGGAGGAAACUUCACUCCUUAUGCACUGGCGAUACAAACAGGAGUGGACAUUGCUGGUGUUCUAUCAUCAUUUGCUCAGAAGGGUGCUCGAUCCUUUUGCAUUCUCUCUGCAGUUGGCUGUGUUUCUAUCGUGGAUAUUUGUCCAACUGGUUAUUUUGGCUGCGGUAUUUUAAGAUUCAAGGCAUGAUUUAUACCCU